CUGCCAGAUCAUGCAAAGUCUGGAUAGGUAUUUAACGUAUCAGCUAAGCACAUCAUUUUUGCUGUUGUAUUUUACCCCAUUUUUCUCGCCAAUUUCGAUCUCGUCUCAUAGCAUUCUGUCAGUCGAUGACACCGUCGAUGACGUAGAACGCAACCAUCGGUUAAUACGUGCAACCAUCGGUUAAUACGUGCAACGUUUGAGCAGUGGACGCGACCUUUGUGUCAGUAGCUAACAGGUGCACGGAACUCAAAAUGAUCUGAGAUAUGCGGAGCAAAUGUAACACAACAAGCAAGUUCCAGCAUUGCUAUACGAAGCCCCGCAACGGCGAGGAUGUUCACCGGCCUGGCACAGAGACCAUGGCAAGUCCUCUGCAGGGUCUACCUGCAGCAAAGAGCCCCACUGUCACAACGAACCCCCAGGGUUGCCCGACCAUGCCACGGGUGGCACAAGGUAGGGAUGCACAAUCUGUGGUUCAGCCAUGACUUCCGUGUAGCCUCUCUAGCAACAGGCCAGGUCCAGUACUAUUGUACCUCAGGCAGCAAUAAGGAUGGCCCCUCUCCUCCAACACAAGGACCACCUACUACAGAGAAGGUGCUGGCUGGGGCAGCACAAGCAUAUUCAGACUCCCCAGGUUCAGUAACCCCACAAGGUCUGACAAAAAUGGAGACAAUUCAAGUGAAAGUGCGGGCUGUCCUUAAGAAGAGGGACUAUGGAUCCAAGUACACCCAGAACAACUUUAUCACUGCAGUGAGAGCUAUGAACGAGUUCUGUCUCAAGCCAAGUGACCUGGUGCAGCUAAGAAAGAUCCGUCGACGCAGCCCCCACGACGACACCGAGGCUUUCACUGUAUUCCUGCGAUCAGACGUGGAAGUCAAAGCUCUAGAUGUGUGGGGAAGUCCUGAAGCCCUUGACAGAGAGCGGAAACUCAGGAAAGUGGAGGAGAGAGAGUACGAAGAGAAUAUUUUCCGGAAUCAGCAGUUGCUAAAGGAGUACAAAGAUUUCUGGGGAAACACUAAGCCCCGAUCAGGCAGCAAGAGGGCAACAUUUUCACAAGGGCCGGGGAAGGUGGUGAUGGUGGCCAUAUGCAUUAAUGGACUGAAUUUCUUCUUCAAGCUCCUGGCUUGGGUGUACACUGGAUCAGCCAGCAUGUUCUCAGAGGCCAUUCACUCCCUGGCUGACACCUGCAACCAGGCUCUUCUUGCAAUCGGCAUCAGCCAGUCUGUCCGCAACCCUGACGCUGUCCACCCGUACGGUUUCUCAAACAUGCGCUACAUCGCCUCUCUCAUCAGUGGCGUAGGUAUCUUCAUGAUGGGGGCGGGUCUCUCCUGGUACCAUGGCAUCAUGGGACUGCUGCACCCACAGCCAAUCGAGUCUCUGCUUUGGGCUUAUUGUAUCUUGGCAGGAUCUCUGGUUUCAGAAGGAGCAACACUGCUAGUGGCCAUCAAUGAGAUCAAAAAGAGUGCUGGCCAGCAAGGAGUGUCUUUCUACGAAUAUGUGAUGCAGAGCCGAGACCCCAGCACUAACGUGGUGCUGCUGGAAGACUCUGCUGCCGUACUGGGAGUGAUCAUGGCCUCAAGCUGCAUGGGUCUCACCUCGCUCACAGGUAACCCACUGUACGAUAGCCUGGGCUCUCUGGGUGUGGGAACCCUCCUGGGGGCUGUGUCCGCCUUCCUCAUCUACACCAACACUGAGGCCCUGCUGGGACGCUCCAUCCAGGCCGAGCACGUCCAGAAGCUCACGGAGUUCCUGGAGAACGACCCCGCCGUCAGGGCGAUCCACGAUGUGAAGGCCACAGACCUGGGGCUGAGUAAAGUGCGCUUCAAGGCGGAGGUGGACUUUGACGGGCGGGUGGUGACCCGUUCCUACCUGGAGAAGCAGGACAUCGAACAGAUCCUCAACGACAUCCAGCAGGUGAAGACCACUGAUGAGCUGGAGAACUUUAUGCUGAAGCAUGGCGAGAACAUCAUUGACACCCUGGGGGCCGAGGUGGACCGCCUGGAGAAAGAGCUCAAGCAACGCAACCCAGAGGUACGGCACGUCGACCUGGAGAUUCUAUAACACUACGGAUCUACGCAGGGAAAGUUGUGCGACUGCAAGAAGGAACUAGAGAAAUGGGGUUUGGAGGAUAGCCAAGCCGACCUCUGCCUCCCGCUGUCUCCCAUCCUCUCCAACUCAUCUGAACAAGUCUUACUGUAGAUUAGUCCUUUUUGGUAAUUUAUCAGGGUCCCUAUUAGCUGUUACGAUAGCAGCAGCUACUCUUCCUGGGGUCCACAUGAAACAUGACAUAAUACAGAACAUUAAUAGACAAGAACAGCUCAAGGACAGAACUACAUAAGCAACAGACACGUGCUGGGACAGUGAUUUAAUUAGUUCCACUUCUUUCCAUGUUGAUUUGACCAUGCUGUUACCAAUGUUACGAAGUGUUUGUUCGAAAGCACAGAGGUAUUAGAGACAGUGGCACACCUGGUGUGGCAGUGAACUGGGCUCAAAGCACGGAAGUUCUGAAAUUGGACUUGGUCGUGGUGCGUUUCACACACUGUAGCUGUACAGUUACCUUUUGAAUAUACUUCUCGUGUUGACUUUUAUUCAUCUUUCCACAAGAACAAAAAAACAAGUCAGUUGAAAAAUCAUGUCUUUUGACUAUUCAAACGGACCAGUAUCAAUAAGCAUUUAUAUACUGAACAAAAAUAUAAAUGCGACAAUUUCAACAGUUUACUGAGUUACGGUUCAUAUAAGGAACUUAGUCAAUUGAAAUAAAUAAAUUAGGCCCUAAUAUAUGGAUUUCACCUGUCUGGGAAAUGUGGGCCUGGGAGGACAUAAGCACACCCACUGGGGAGCCAGGCCCAGCCAAUCAGAAUGAAUCUUUCCCCACAAAAGGGCUUUAUUACUGACAAAUACUCUUCAGUUUCAUCAUCUGUCUGGGUGGCUGGUCUCAGGUCUUCCCACAUGUGAAGAAGCCAGAUGUGGAGGUCCUGGGCAUACGUGUGUGGUUACACAUGAUCUGCGGUUGUGAGGGCCAGUUGGAAGUACAGCCAAAUUCUCUAAAAUUACAUUUGAGGUGGCUUAUGGUAGAGAAAUUAAUAUUUAAAUCUCUGGCAACAGCUCUGGUGGACAUUCCUGCAGUCAGCAUGUUCCCUUAACUUGAGACAUCUGUGGCAUUGUUGUGUGACAAAAUGGCACAUUUAAGUGGUCUUUUGUUAUUCCCAACACAAGGUGCAGCUGUGUAAUGAUCAUGCUGUUUAAUCAUCUUCUUGAUAUGCCACACCUCUCAGGUGUAUGGAUUAUCUUGGCAAAGGAGAAAUCCUCACUAACCGGGAUGUAAAUACAUUUGUGCACAACAUUUGAGAGAAAUAAGCUUUUUGUGCAUAGGGAACAAUUCUGGGAUCAUUUAUUUCAGCUCAUGAAACAUGGACCUAACACUUUACAUGUUGCGUUUGUAUUGUUGUUCAUUAUACAUAAAGCUUAUGACGCUACAUGGAUCUGUACUCCCUCUGCAAGUAUUCCUUUAUGAAUGCAAAUAAUUAUUCAAGUACACUUAACAAAAGCAGCAGAGAUGAGUUUAUUUUCAGUAUGUAGAGAAAGUAUUUUUUCUUAAAUUUUAGGUAAUGUACCUAUGAACCCUGCAAGAUGGCAUGUUCAGAUCUCACCGGUUCAUUGAAUGGAAAUGUGCAUUAGUGAUGACUAGCUUGCGUUACUAUAACAUGUUAUUGGUAGCAUACCAUUGGUGAAAGAAGAGUUGUUCAAAAGGGUUCUAAGAAUUAUUGAUUUGAAAUAUUUAAAAUAAUUGAGUGAGAUGACUGAUCUUGAAUACAGUAGCACUAGUGUGAAAAAUCACACCAAUGUUAUGAAAAUACUCUUGAUACAGCUGUGGACCUCUGCGUGUUGUGAAAUUCUGCAAACAUGGGGACGGUCAGUUGUUUGCUCUGUCAGCAGAUGACAGAUUGGGUUUUUGCUCCAAAGAUGAAGUGGUCUUCGGACAACCAGAGAGAGCGAACGUCCCCUCCUUUACCAUUAUAAAUAAUAGUAGGUUGUCGGUAGCCAUUUUGUUUCUGAGCCUUAUGUGAAAUAAAACAUGUUUUACCAUGGACAUUCUGUGUAUAGACUAAGACAACGACAAAUAAAUAAUAUUAAUGCUGACUAUCCAUAAAAGAUUGAUGUUUGUACAGCCAUUGCCCCAACUUUGACCUUCCCAGCUUGAUAGUUCUGCUCUAUGUGGGUGUAGUCUGUAAGCGAAAUAUUCAGAAUGUUGCAGAUAGAAAUGUAAUGAAUAGAGCUGACAUGAUUCCUAAUUCUAUAUGACAGAAAAUCAUAGCUGUGAUAUAUCAUUCAUUUCUCCCUGAAAGUUCUGUAACAUUUCACCUGCCUGAGAAGACCCAUUGCAUUCAAUGACUGCUUUUCUUUGAAUUCUGUGCUCAUGUCUGUGUUGAUGUAACGGACAGUCUAGCCAAUGAACAAGUUGCAGGGACACAGCUGUAAGCUUAUACCCUAAUGGUGAAUACAUAUUCGGCUUUCUUUAGAGGUGGGCUGGAGUUGUUUCUAAAUUUUGUCGGGGGUGAGGUGGAUAUAUAUAUUUUUAAAGGUGUUCAUUGAUAAUGUAAGAUUUCCUUUGGUUAUAGAACAAUGAAACUACUGCUGAAGGAGUUCAAAUAAAUCUUAAUUUAUGAACAUU